UUAUUUUCUCUAUCAUGGGACAUGAAUACAGCUGUUGCAUCUAUAAAAGGCGAUCUCUACAACCUAUAGACACAGAAUCUUGCUUUAGCAACAAUAAUAUCGAAGCAUCGAGAUAUCAAAAAUGAACUAACAACAGAAUCUCCUCUCAACAGAUUAAAAAAACUAAAAGUGUGGGCAACCCAAAAUUAAGCCAGUCUCAUUAUAAUUCACAGAAUAAUUUUAAAAGGAAGAAACUUGGAAACUUUAACACAAAGGUCUCUACAAAAAGAAACUUAUAUGGGGCAAGUAAGAAGCAAAAGAAGUACAACUCCACCGUUGAUCGACAAAUCCACAAGAAAGAUAUGUUGGGCAAGAAAGUAGGAAUGAGCUCUUUCUGAACUCCUGCUAACACCGAAAGCUCUAAGAUGAAGUCAAGUCCAAAUAACAGUUUUUACAUGUCUUCCAACACCCAAAAUUUUUCAAGGCAAACUAGCAUAAUGAGCACAGAUAUUAUUUAUGAAGAAAUGACAGGCGAAUUUAAGAAAAUGAGAGAAAGAUACAGCCAUAAGAAGUGUUCUCCUUCCAAGAAAUUACCUAAACGUGCAUCUACAAUGUACACUAAGAUAGACGGAAAGAAAGCUGUUUGUUGCAACAAUGCAAUUGUCAAGAACUUUAAACUGAUUUAAAUAUCUCAUUCAUAUCCUAACGUUCUGGGAUUAAAAUAAGGUUAUCAAAUCUAAAUACAAACCCUUUAUCUUUUUUGAGGAUUCUCAUUCCAAUAAUUUUAAGAACAGAAAACAGCUUGAAGGUCUAUUGAGAUUUGUGAAAUAAAUAUUC